GUCUGGUUUUCUCUCCUUCCGCUCACUGACCUUGGGUCGCCGUCAGCCAAAAUGUCCCAUUUUGUGCUGUUUCGCUGGAUUGUGAUGCAGACCUUUAUAGUGCACACCGCAUCAGAAACCGUUGUUCGAGGAAUGAUGGGACAACCUGUCACACUGCCUUGCUCCUACCGGGUGGCACGAGAGAAGGACAUCUCUGACAUGUGCUGGGGCAGAGGCCCGUGCCCAAACUCCAAGUGUAACAACAAACUUCUGCACACCACUGGGAACAGGGUGACGUUCAGAACAUCGCAGCGGUACAACCUGCAGGGCUACGUUUCCUACGGAGAUGUGUCUCUGACAAUUCAGGAGCUGAAGGCAGAAGAUGCGGGUACAUACUGCUGCCGCGUGGAGAUCCCAGGCUGGUUCAAUGACAUCAAGCAGAACAUUCAGCUGGUGGUGCUCAGAGCAACCUCAGUGAAGAAAAAACCUAAGAAAAAUGGUUCAAAAUCCACAAAACGUCUCAGAAAAACAACUUUUGCACCCCAAACAACCUCUGAUCUUCAAGGAACAGAGCAGACUGCUGUCUUCCUGGCAACUGCUGUCCCCCCAGCAGCUUCUGCAACCACUGAGUCUCCGAGAGUAACAACUGCUUUUUUCCCCCCAAUAUUUGAUCAGACAGCAAGUGGCACUUCUCUAGAAAAAGUGGGGUCAACCAGUGCUCUCCCAGAUUUUUCAGCCAGUUUUCAAGCAGUUGAUGUGAGGACUGACGGUGAUGGCAUCUCCUACUCGACAGAGUUAAUCCUUCUUCCCGAAGCAACAACCCUGCAAGAGCCAACCAUACUUCAGACACCGAAGUCAACCCUCGGUCCUUCAGCAAUGAACACUGCAUCAGAAACUGUUGUUCGAGGAAUGAUGGGACAACCUGUCACACUGCCUUGCUCCUACCGGGUGGCACGAGAGAAGGACAUCUCUGACAUGUGCUGGGGCAGAGGCCCGUGCCCAAACUCCAAGUGUAACAACAAACUUCUGCACACCACUGGGAACAGGGUGACGUUCAGAACAUCGCAGCGGUACAACCUGCAGGGCUACGUUUCCUACGGAGAUGUGUCUCUGUCAAUUCAGGAGCUGAAGGCAGAAGAUGCGGGCACAUACUGCUGCCGCGUGGAGAUCCCGGGCUGGUUCAAUGACAUCAAGCAGAACAUUCAGCUGGUGGUGCUCAGAGCACCUCCAGUGAUGACAACCACGGGAAAACCUCUCACUUCCCCCAACCAUUUUGGAACAACUUUUGCUGCCCAAGAAACUCCUGAUCUUCUAGCAACCACAUGGGCUGCUGUCCCCUCAGCAGGGCCUACAACCACCUGGUCACCCCCAACUUUUGAUAAGACAACAAGUGAUAACUUUCUGGAAGAAGUGGUGACUACCAGUGCUCCCCCAGAUUUUUCAACCGAUUUCCAAACAAGUGAUGUGUGGACUGAGGGUGAAAGUGUGUUCUGCUCAACACAGCCGGUCUCUCCUCCCAGAGUGACUUCUGAAUUCCCAAGUAUACUUUUGACUGCAGAUGGAACUGAAGAGGCCUCUUUUCUCUGGACAGAUGAUGUGCCAACUGUAGCAACAGCCCUGCCAGAGCCAACCACAUUUCAAACACCGAAGUCAACCCUCGGUCCUUCAGGGACUACACUGAGUUCAGCCAGCAAUACAGAGAAAGCUGGGAUGAAACUUUCUUUUCGCAUCUCCACCAUUCUCACCGUAUCUCUCAUAGGGAUAUCCAUUAUUUUAAUGUUGAUACUCUUAUCGUUACUUUGGAAGCGAAGACACACAAGGAAAUUUAUUAUGAAAAGCCUUAGACCAGCUGAAGACCUUGAAAAAGUUUUCAGUGGCUCUGAAGGAGAAAACAACCUUUUUGUUCUGUGAAGACCUCCUGCAUCAUCAGUGGAUGGCCUGGAAUAAAGCACAGCUGCACUGCAAAUAGAAAGGACCUGUUUCAAGCUGCAUCGAGAGACAUUUGUGAGCCCUUAAAAUAUCAGUGGGUGUAAACCAAAGGCCAAAGCUUCAACUAUAAAAAUUUAAAAUCUUUGUGCAAAUUUUGCCAUCUCACCUUUAAAGCGCACUGUAUAAAGAAGCUUCUUUUAGAGUAUGCAUUAUUCAGUAGCAUUUCUGGGAUCUGUGUUCUUGUUAAUACCAAAUUAAAUGUUUUUCUCUGAGUUUUACUAAUGCUUUUCCUUGAAUACAACUCAGACUUUGGGGAACAGAAGAAAUAUCAGUGAAUGCUUCUUAACUUUGAAGUGCAAAGAAAUAUACAAACCAGCAAAUACAAAGUUUCUUAUUGCUUUUAUAUAAUCAAGGGAAAAAUUAAGCCACAGGAAUGCCUUAAGAAUAAAUAAAGAUGUAGAUCACUUCAGGGGUUCUAGUGCUGCCCUUGAUUCAGCAUGUUCGAGUGACCCUUGGAGGCUAUGCUAAUAAACUUUGUAAUCUACCA